AUGUUCAAAAACUUCAACGGUCGAUUCGUGCUUGGAUCAACGAGUCCGAGAAGGAGGGAUAUUCUCAAAAUGGUGGACUUGGAAUUCGUCCAGAAAUCGCCGCAAUUUGACGAAACCGAGUUAAUGAAACGAACAGAUCUUUCGCCCGAGAACUUGGUCAAACUCAUUGCAGAAAAUAAGGCUGAAAAUGUGGCUGAUCUUGAAGCAACUGACUUUCUUAUCUGCUGCGAUACAGUAAUUGCUUCCGGGGCUCAGAUAUUCGGCAAGCCAGCGGACAGAACUCAACAACUCGAACGGCUGAAAUCGAUGAAUGGAGGGAGCCAUUCUGUGUUUUCUGGAGUUUGCUUGAAGUACAAAAAUAAGACGCGCUCAUUUUCCGUCGAAUCAAAAGUCAACUUCGGAGACAACAAGGAGGAACUAUUGGAAUGGUACGUCAGCACUGGAGACGGAAUGGACAAAGCAGGAGGAUACGGACUUCAAUCAGCUGGAGCAGUGCUUGUCAAGAGCAUCGAAGGCUGUUAUUAUAAUGUUAUGGGACUGCCGCUGCAUCAGCUCUUGCGAGAAAUUGACCUCCUGCUCGAAUAG